AUGGAUGUCUACAACCUAACCACCAUCACGGAGUUCAUCCUUAUAGGGCUAUCUGACCUCCCAGAGGUGCGCUACCCUCUCUUUGUCAUCUUUGCUGCCAUCUAUCAGAUCACCUUGCUGGGAAAUGGGGCCAUUCUCCUCGCCAUUGGGACUGAGAAAAAAUUGCGCACACCCAUGUAUUAUUUUUUGGCAAAUCUGUCUCUGUUAGAUAUUUUUUGCCCAUCAGCUACUGUUCCCAAAAUGCUUCAGAACCUCUUGUCAGAGAAGCAAAGCAUUUCUUUUGUUGGGUGUGCUUUGCAGCUGUUUUUCCUAGUGGCCCUGGCAGGCACUGAAGUCUUUCUUCUCUCUGUCAUGGCUUAUGACCGAUAUGUGGCUAUAUGUUUCCCACUUCGUUACACCCUUAUCAUGACAAAAUGGCUCUGUGUGCAACUCACAGCUGGUACCUGGGCAGCAGGCUUUCUGAACUCCCUUCUGCACACAGUGUUCACAUUCCGCCUGUCUUUCUGUAAGUCUAAUAGGGUCAACCAGUAUUACUGUGACAUCCCUCCAGUGGUGGCUCUUUCUUGCUCUUCAACAUAUGUUGCAGAAAUGCUUGUCUUGGUUGUAGGAGGUGUUUUAGGAAUCAGCGCUUUCCUGAUAACGGGUAUCUCUUAUAUUUACAUCAUAUCCACUAUCCUAAAGAUCCGAUCAGCAGAAGGGAAGCGGAAAGCCUUCUCCACCUGUGCUUCUCACCUCCUUGUUGUUUGUUUGUUCUAUGGUACAACGAUAUUUACAUAUAUCCGCCCUUCCUCCAGUCACCACUCCCCAGCAAGAGACAGGCUUAUCUCAAUGCUGUAUGGCGUCAUUACUCCAAUGUUAAACCCCAUCAUCUAUAGCCUGAGAAACACAGAGGUAAAAGGCGCUCUCAGAAAGGUUUUAUGUCAUAAGACAUGUUUUACAAAAUGA